GGGGGGCCGGUGGCCGGGGCCGUGGCCGGGGCCGGGGCCGGGGGAGGGAGGGCAUCGCCCGCCCGCCCCGCCGGGAGAGAGCGCCGGGAGCCGCGCCGGGAGCCGCGCCGAGGCACCAUGCGGGCUGCGGGGCUGCUGCUGCUGCUGCUGCUGCUCGGUGCCAGCGCUCAGGAUGACAUGGAUUCUGCCAACCUAGGACAAAACCCGGCCACCACGACCACAGUAGCCACCAUGACGACAGCCACUACUGAAAGCACCACAGAGACCUCCCCAACCACCCCUACAUCAUCGCCUACCACAGUCCAAACCACCACCACCACUGCAACCAAGGAAGGAACCACUCAGCCCACCGUGACAACAGCCACCACUGCUCAAAGCGCCACCACCACAACCCAGCCGCCAACGUCACCAACCCCCACGGCCACGUCCCCUACCACAGUGACAGGGACCACCCCCCCAGCACCGGGGACCUCACCGCCUGCCACCACCACCCCACCCCACCCGCCUGGGCAGGACAGCUCCUCACACAAUGCCACCACCAGCCCCAAAACCACCCCUGCUGCAAGCUCCACCCCUUCCCAGCAGCCCAGCGGCACUACAGCCAGUUCAGGAAGCUCGGGGACCACAGCUGAUGCAAAAUCUGUUGUCACUAAUGCAACCAGUCCUCCAGGAGCUGUGGGAACUGCUGGCACAUCCUCUCCCAGCACACAGCCUCAGGGAAACCAGCCUUUGCAUCAUUUGCCUAACAGCACUGUGAGCACCACAGUGGCGAGGACUGACGCUUCCCAAAGCUCCAAGGAGUGUGUCUACCCUCCUUCCCAAAAUGCCACCAAGCAGCCUCCUUCUUCCAGUUCUCAAGCCCAGGUCCCAACCCCUUCUACCAGUCCUGGGAGCACCAGCCCUUCUGCUACCCCUCCGAAGGGAUCCCCGUCCCUCGCCACCACUCCAACGUCACAGCCUGGCAGCAAGGACAGGGUCCCAGAGGCAGCCACCACGACAGCUCCUGGGGCAGACCAGAGCACCCGCGAUGUCGGAUCUGCACCAGCCAAACCCACCAGUGCCUCCCAGAGCCCUGCCAGUGCCCAGCCACCAGCUCCAGCCUCAGGGGACCAGACAGACCAGGCAGAGAGCUGCAGUUCUGGCCACCAGCACCCCAACAUUUCUUGCCCAAACAAGCUCAUCUGUAAAGACCAGGUGCAAAAUAUCAGGCCCACCAUUCAGCUGAAAGAACCCAGAACCUGUGCUGAGUGGAGGACUGCCAUCAACAACAACUCCUUCUUUGAGAGCUUCUGCUCCACGGCCCAGCACACGUUUGACGCCAGCAGGGAGCGGUGCACGGUGACGCUGAUGGCCAGCCAGCCCCGCUCCCACCACUGGGCUGUCGGGGUGGUCCUGCACAAUCCCUUGGACUCCGAAGAAGUCCUCAAUGGGCUGAAGGAGAAGAAGGACAAGUUAGAGGAGCUGGGCAUCGUCAACAUCACCUCUGACAAAAUGGUGGAGGACAUGACCAUCAAGGACGAGUUCAGCACGCCCCUCAUCAUCACCAUCAUCACCCUGGCCGGGUCCCUGCUGCUCGUCGCGGCCAUCUACGGCUGCCACCAGCGCUUCUCCCAGAAGAAGGAGCAGAACAUCCACCCUGAUGUCCCCGGGUUUGAUGAUGGACAUGUGGCCCUGAUCUUUAAUCAGCGCCUGACCGAGGAGAUGCAGACCAUGGAGAACGGCUACCACGACAACCCCACGCUGGAGGUGAUGGAGACCUCCUCUGAAAUGCAGGAGAAGAAGGUGAACCUCAACGGGGAGCUGGGGGACAGCUGGAUCGUUCCUCUGGACACCCUCAUGAAGGAGGACCUGGAGGAAGAGGAGGACACGCAUUUAUAGGAUGCAGAAUUUGAUCAGGAGAAAAACAACCACCCCCCCAAAAAAACCCGUCAACCCUACACACACGCACACAGAGCUCCAAAAAAGGCAAAAUUCCCCCCGAGAAGCAGAAAAUCCCCUAAUGAACUCAUUAUGGCCCCUUGUGCCAUCACAGGGGGUGCAGGAUGGAAGAGGAAAGGACGUGAGAAGACACUUCUGGGGCACAUCAACAGAAGCCACUUUGGUGGCCACAUCUGGCCAAGCAUCCUCCAUCCCCCAUCCAGCUCCCAGGCCAGACCUGACCAGCCACGGGCAAUCAGGGUGGCUUUGCUCCUGAAGAGCUGCUGGUGUCUCCUCCAGGCAUGUCCCCUCCCAUCCCACAUCCAACCACGCCAGCUGCAUCCUCCAGCUACCAAGCAGCUCAAAAAUCAAGAGAAAUAAAGUAAAUAGGACGGGAGAUGGAGCACGUCUGACAGCAAAGCAGCACCUGGCAAUUACAGCUCAACAAAUCCUCUGGCCCACGCUGUUUAGUCAUCACCCUGCCCUCCCUGACACCCAGGUAGUGAAAGAAAAAACAGCCUGUUCCUUUUUAAUCUGGUUUCCAUCCUCUUCUCAGAGCUAAAACGCACAAGACCCCUCGUUGUGCCACAGGCAAAUGGGGUGGCAGGGAUGCAGCAGUGCCAAGUGAUGCCCAGCCCCACUGCCAGGGGCUGUGGAACAGACCCUGCACCCAUCUGGAAAUGGAGAGAGGAGCAGCAGCUUCUUGUUUUGAAAGGAUGAGAUGAAGGGAGAGGAAAAGGAGGAAUUUCUUGAGUUCAUCCCUCUUAGGAAGGGUGUGGAGAGCAAGAGUGAUGCCUGGUCUCUAGCCCAGGUGUGAUGUUGGGGGUUUUGUGGUGCAGGAGCCCAGCUCUGGUGCUGCAUUUCCCUACAGAAGGAUCACUUGCCUUCCAGGAAUUACACAGCAGCAUCUCACGGCCCUCAUCCAUCUUCCACGAGACUGUGGGACACAUGCACCACGAUGGUUUGUGAUUUUUGACGGCACAUUUUCCUGUGUGAGCAGCAGAAGAGGUAAAAGAGCAGCAGAACGUGAGUCAGGGAGCUUGGUGGCAUUCAGGUGGCCCUUGGUGUUUCAUCCCCUCGAGGUUUAAAAGCUCAGCCCAUGCUCUCAAGCUCUUCUUCACAAGCCAAUAAAAGAGACCUGCAAAGCAACUUCCAGCUCAGCAGCAAAGCUGGGACUGAGCUUUGUCCUGCAGCCCUUGUUCUGUCACCCAGGUCUCCCUUUGCUGAAGCCUUUAAAGGGGAGAAGAAAAACAUGGCUGGACUGAGGCCAUUUCUGGAUUUUGACUCCCCACCACAGCUCCUAAAUGGCUCAAAAGGCUGGGGAGAGCUUCAUGUCUUUGCUCUGGUGAAGCAGCUCAGUCCUGGCAGAGGCAGGGAUCCUCCUCCAGCAGGGUCCAUCCUCCAGCACACGAGGACCUGAAGGUCACCUGGCUGAGUCCCUCUCCCAACGUGAGGAUGGUGCUUGUCCCAAACCCUCUGCAAGCCAGAGGAGCUGCAGAUAAGAGCGAUGCCCAAACUCAGCCCUUCUCUGCUUGCCACAAACCAAGGCACAACGGGGACAUUCCCUUGGGCUCUGCCACCAAGGCAACCUGACUGGGAUCUGCUCUCAUGGCUGCCCUGAAGGAGGGGAAAAGCAGAGCCAAGCAAUGGGAAGCUUGGAGAAACCCUGGUGGAGCUGGGAGUACUCAGGAAGGAGGGGAUUGGGGUCCUGCUCAGCCCCAGGACAGGCAGAGGAUACAAGUGGCUCUUCCCCCUUCUGUCCUGCACUGAAGGGCAGAGUCUGAAGUGUUCAAACCUUUAUAUUUUUGUAUGUAAAUAUUCCUGCUAUUCAUUAGCAAUGUAUUCCGCACACUUCACUUACCUGUGCACUGCACUAUGGGGAAGUAAUUUUGGAGGGGAGGAGAAAUAACAAACAAAAUAAAUUAAAAAAAAAUUUAAAAUCUUAAAAAUAAAAAAAACAGAAAAAAGAAAAAAAAAAGAAAGAAAGAAAAAGCUAAAGGCCAGCCUGGUAGGGGAGUAAAAUUUGACAUGAAGCAGAAAAACACCUCUUGCCCAGGUAACUUUGUCCCUGUUCUGGCAGCAUCGAGUUCAGCUCUUUACGUGGCCGUGAGUCUCAGAGAAUGGGCCUCAGCAUCCACAGCUGCUCCUGUGAGCACUGUGGCCUCCCAGCUGCCCUGCCAGACCAGCAGCAGGUCCCUGACCUCACAUUUCUGUCCUUCCCAGAAAACAAACCCAGGGAAAACACAGGGCAGCAGCGAUGCUGCGGCCACAGGGGCUGGAGCUGGCACGAGGACAGCCCUGGCAGGGCAUCUCCAGGCUUUGGCAUGUGCCUAAAGAUUCCCCCUUCCCAGCAAAGAGAUGCCAAAGUGCUUUAAUGAGUCAGGUCCAAAGACUUUCCAAGAGAACCCUACAGAGGCCUGAGAUCAAAUAACCUUGAAUCUUUCCGAGCAGAGACCAGUGAGGAUAUUAACUGCUCAGCAAGUGCUUAUAGUGAUUUAUAUUUGAAUAGGAAUUGUACAUUUAUUUAUUUUUCCAGACACCAUAUUUUUAAACCACUAAUAUUUUAUAGUAGAUUUUCCUUCCCCUAUUUAAAAGAACUAUUUCCACAGGAAAAGAAACACAGUACUUUUUUUUUUUUUUUAAUGUUGAGAACAUUCUUUUUUUGGGAAAAAAAAAUCAGGUAGGAAAUGCAGCAAUGAGCAUCUUUGGCCUUAACCCUUCCUUUCAUAGACUGUAGCCAUAACUGUUAGACCAAAAAUAAUAAAUUAAAAAAAAAAAGAUUUACCAAGGCAUUUCCUUUCUCCCUGCCCCUCCUCCCUUCCCUGCACUCCUCUUCUCCCCCAAAACAGCUUUAACAUCCCACACAUUGUACAAAGAGAUUCCUGCUCUUACCUUUCGGCGAGAGCUUUACAAGCAGCUCAGAUGUCCUUGCAAGAGACUUUUCUAUUUUCAGAUUCACGAGGAAACGUGUAAAUACUUUAGGAGCAUUUUAUCUCCCGCUCACAGUGCCGUGACCCAGCUGAUGAGGUUGAUACUGUGACUGCUGCCUACAGAAGACACACAAGUCUUAAUCCAUGAGGGACUGGAGAAGGAAAACCUAAUUCCCCAGGUUCAACCUGUUGAACCUUGCACAUGUAGUAGAGCUCUUACUUACUGUGUGUAGCAGCAUCUCUCAUGGGGACAGGAGUCUGAUUUACACUGGAAUUUACUGAGGAACUGGAUUGUAAGAGAUUAUUCUUGCAUUUUCCUACAAAUAUAUUUUGAGAGCAUCAUGUAUUUCUGUCAAUAAACAUUCUUAUGUAAAAGACUCGUGUCUUUGGCUGAGUGAGGAGGGGUGGCCAGGGCAGAGGAUGAGUUCCAGGGCCACAACUUCCUGCUCUGGAGAUGCUCCAUGGGAAAACACUGGACCAGCUGGAACAAAACCAACCCAGACCUUCACAGUAGCCAGCCACGAAGAGUCUGGAUUUUUCCUAUGCAGAAGGAAGUAUUAUAGUGGUGGAAAACCUAUUAAAUUUAAAAACCAGAGGAUGCAGAGGGGUGGGAGGCUGGGAUGAUGUGAGGGCACCCCCACCACAGCCUGAGCACUUGUUUGAGCUCUUGAUGCCUUCAGGGUGUCAGAGGGAAAGGCAACUCACCCUUAUUUAUGCAUUUCACCCUUAUUUAUGGAUUUCACCCUUAUUUAUUUCUGCAUUUCACCCUAACUCCCUCUGGUCUGCAGCCCCUCCUCGUUGUGGAGGAGGGAAUCCAACCUCACACUCAUAAGGCAGGAGAGGCAUCACCCAAGGGCAGCACAGGGGCAGCAGCAGUGUGGGCAGUUCUGUGGCUCCAUUGGCCUUCAAGCACCCAAAAUAAAACAUUUUGUUCCAGGUUAAGUUUCUGCUUAUGUAAAGGAAAAAAAAAAAAAGGGAAUUUAGUUGAAGUCAGAUAUUAAAAAUCAGCAGUUUGCCAGAGCCUAUGUUCUAACUCCGUGCUGCUCCCUAGAAAAAGUUCCUGUGAAUAUUGGGAAUUUAUGGAUUUAUGGGAUACUGACUGAGCUCAUCAGUGACGUCAGGCAACAGGGCCAGACGUAAUGCACCACUAGUUUCACAAUUUCUCCAGCACUAAAAGACCUUCACAGGCAUUUUUCCACUCUCUGAAGCGAUGUGAGAACAAACAGAUCUUAAAUCAACACCCUUGCUAGCAUAUACAUUUUUAUUAAGAAAAAAAUGAACAAAAUACAUUCUCUCCUUAUGUACAUUACAUACAACAUAACUACAUUUGUAGAUAUUCCUCGUGUCACUCAUUCAUUUAUGUACAGCAUGGGGCUCACACACCAACCCAGAAAUCAUCAAAGAUGAUUUAUGCCAAGGAAGAAAAUUAACACUCCAGGCUGAACAAAGAUCAUCCAUAAAGAAAAGGGUGGGAAGGGCAAUCACCAGAGUCCAGGGAAGAUGCCUGUAACCACCAUGAGCUCAGCACAGGAGCAGUCAAUAUUUGACCAGGAUAUUAAAACACAUGAGCAGUUCACAGCUUUCAUCACCCCACAGAUGCUUCUUUCCAGCCCAGGGCUGUCCACACCUCUCAGCUCAGCUCUCCUGUGCUCAGGUGUCCCAGACAACAACUGCAGGACAGACACCAAAGGGAAUCCAGACGGACACCAGAGCCUGCAGGGUUGCUGGGGAGGUGCAAACGCUUCAAGCCGGGUGCCAAAACAGAACAGAGAGGCCAAAUUGUGGACAGGGGGGUGGACACUCACACUGCCAGCACUAAGGAGGGAGAACCAGCUUUUGGGGACCACACUGGGGUGUAGAGGACAAGAUAAUGAACACUGAAGGUCCAGACAAACAAACCAUCACAUGCUACAGUGAUACCACCAGAGUAGAGGCAACAGAUCAACAAACAGCUCAAACCCCACCCCAGUCAGAUUCACCAGUCAGGAGAUGGUGCCCAGCCAGCUCACUGGUGUUUGACUCCAAGCCACCCAGGUCCUGCCAAUGCCACCAACUCCCCUGAAAGGGGCAACUGCAGCAGUUUUGAAGGGCAAACAUUUAACAAUACUCCCAAAAUGAGACAUCUCAGCAUCUGAAUGCACAACACGCACAACACCACCAGCCCACGAGGACGGGAAUGUCACCUCCAACUAACUGGGAAUGAGCCCACAGACUUCCAAUUUCUGUCCCCCAGCAAAGUGGUCUGCGUGGUUCGGGGCCUCCAAUUUGCAAGACUCCCAUGACCACAUUUGUUUGUGUAAUUAAGCUCUUUUCUCUGGCUUACGGUCUCCCCAGCACCCCCUCAUUUCCUGCUGUGGAGGAGGGAGUGCUGGAAGACACAGCAGAAAAUACAGCUUUAGCAAAUGGCAACAGCUACUAAUAACGAGGGGUUUGUUUUCCUUUCCACCACCCCGCACAGCAGCUUCUGAAGUGAAGAGUGUUUUGCACAUCAAAACAUCAACGGGAGGGACAGGAAUGAGGAGGGAGAGAUGAAGGCAACAUUCACCCUCCACUGCUAGUUUGCAUUCCCGAUGACCACAGCAGACAGGAGGGGAAAACAAGUCAGCAGCACAGUAGUUCUCCUCCAUUUUCCUGUUUUAAGAGCUGAGUUUUUGUCAAAAUCUCAAAAUUU